UUCGCCAGGGGGCGCGCGGGCCCGCCUCCAACCGAAGUCCUCCGGGAGCCGUGCGCAAAGCGAAGCGCUCUAGGCAAGCCGUUGGUCGCCAUAUUGGUCUCUAUGGUAGCGGGGGCGGAGCGCCCCCGCCCAGCGCUCUGGCGCGGCUGCGAAGAGGAAAUGGCGGCUCGGCUCGGCUGAGACCCGCGGCGGCAGCGAGAUCCUCGCACCCCCUCCCCGCGGCCUAUCACUUAAAAUUGCGUGAUGUGUGAUCAGUUGGAGAUUCUGAACAGGGAGAUUGAGAGGUUAUUGCAGAACAGCAGCGUGGAAGAAGACACUUUAAACUCAGACUGUCUUCAGCCAUCAGUGACUGAUUCCCUGGAUAGAAUCACUGAUCCAGACAAUGAAGCAAAAUAUUUAUUAGAGCAGGAGCCAGCAGGAAAAGGAGAAUUUCUAGGAUUUGGUCCUGCUGACAGCUCAGCGACUCUGUCUGGCACCUCAGCAUCGGGGAAUUCAGCAUGUGCUGGAGGGAUAAUGCUGAAUGAUUCUGAUCCUUUGCUGCCCUCCUCUGGCUCUCCUUUUCGUUCAGCUCUGCAGGGAGAAACCAUUCAAACCUCUAAUGCUGUGUCAGCGUUUCAGGGUGUGGACAGUGGUGACCAUACUAUGGAACAAGCUGUACGUUCACAGCCAGUGUCAUUAGAACCUGAAUCUAAUACUGACAACAUGGAAAACAGUUCUCCUGCAUCAGUUGUGGAUGAAAAAGGUGAGCAAAGCAAUGAGGAGGAACAAAAAUCUAUCAAGCCUACAAGUAAAGAGUUCAGGAAAACCUGGGGGUUUCGAAGGACCACAAUUGCUAAGCGAGAAGGUGUAGGAGAUACAGAUAUGGACUCCAGUGAGCAACAGCCCCAGCAACAGCAAGGCUUAAACCUCAGGAGAAGUGGACGGCAACCAAAAAGAACAGAAAGAGUGGAAGAAUUUCUUACCACAGUACGACGCCGAGGAAGGAGGACUAUUCCUACUAUUCUAGAGGAUUCAAGUGAAGCAGUAUCCUGUCCAGCUACAGAUGCCGAAACUGCUUCAGAAGAUAGUGUAGAGAGCACUCCAGAUGCAAAACCUUUAACUCGGAGGCUUGGCCUUAGGAGCAGUAAGGAUCAGAAAGACUCUAAAAUGAGACAUACAAAAGAAGAAGAGGAGGAGGAGGAGGAAGAAGAGGAAGAUGAUACUUCUGAUAGUGAUAGCGAUGGUUUAACACUAAAGGAACUACAGAAUCGACUAAGAAAGAAACGUGUUGAACAGAAACCUGUGCAGCUGACAAUAAAGGAUAUACAGAAGCACUUUGGGAAAAGAAAUGCAGAACAGAAUCCUACAGAAACUGGUGAUGUCCAGCCUGAAAAGGAAGCUGAGCCUGAGUUGCCUGUCAAAGAAGAACCUGAAACUGUAGACAGCACUGAGAUUGCAAGUCAGGUGGUUGUGUCUGAAGAAGACACUGAAAAUCUUGAGCUUCAGAAGGAGGCAAAGCCUGCCAUUGCUGCAAAAGGGAACGCAGAUGAAGAACCUGAGGAACUGCCCAAAAGCAAACCUGAGUCCGAGAUUUAUGACCCGAAUGCGCUGUAUUGUAUUUGUCGUCAGCCUCACAACAACAGGUUUAUGAUUUGUUGUGAUAGAUGUGAGGAAUGGUUUCAUGGUGACUGCGUGGGUAUUUCUGAGGCUCGAGGGCGGUUGUUGGAAAGGAAUGGGGAGGACUACAUCUGUCCGAACUGCACCAUUCUACAGGGACAGGAUGAGCCUGUUUCAGAAAUGGACCAGCAGGAAGCUAACGCUGGGCAAGUAAAUGUGGAUGGCACAGAAUUCACAAGCAUAGGAACAAUUGAGCAAAAAUCUGUUGAGGACCAAGGAAUUAAGGGUAGGAUUGAAAAAGCUGCAAAUCCAAGUGGGAAGAAAAAACUAAAGAUCUUUCAACCUGUAAUUGACGCUCCUGGUGCAUCCAAGUGCAUUGGUCCUGGCUGUUUUAAUUUGGCUCAGCCUGAUUCUGUGUAUUGCAGCAAUGACUGCAUUCUCAAACAUGCUGCAGCCACCAUGAAGUUUUUAAGUUCUGGCAAAGAUGCCAAACCAAAACCUAAAGAGAAGAUCAAACCGAAACCCGACAAACCUGGCAUGCCAAAAUCUCAGCUGCAGGCAGGUAUUAAACCUCUUUCAAACCAAAAGAGACCAUUUCCUGAGAAGAGAGAGGUGAAUAUGAAGAAGACUGUUUUGACAGCUGCCAAGACUGAGGCAAACACUCAACCUGUUGCUAAAGAGCCAGCAGUAGAAAACAGCACACCGUCCUGGGCAAGCGAUCAUAAUUACAAUGCUGUAAAGCCUGAAAGGACUGCUGCCAUUUCAUCUUCACUGUUGUUCAAAUCUCACAGGGAAGAGAAAAGGAAUGAAGAUAGAGCAGAGGCUGCACUGACAUCAAAGAAAGCUGUUGCAUCUGUAAUGGAGAAACAGACAUCUUCUCUCUCUAGAAGUCUUCCUUCGAAGAAGUCCUCCUCCUUCUCUAACACAUCAGUAACUAAACAACCACUUAAACCUUCUGCUGCGAGUUUCAAAGGUGUCAUUCCCAAGAAGCCUUGGCUUCCAGCAGGCAGUGUUUCUCCAGCAGGCAGUGUUCCUUCAAAGCAUUCAUCUCUUUCUCAUGGCUCAUCAGUUUCCAAAAAACCAGCUGCGUCUUCCAGCUUGGGUGGAGGACUCAGAAAGCCUUCACAGGCUUCCAUUUCUACUGCAUCUGGAAGCAGUCAAGGAAAGGCAUCACCCGGCCCUAUCCAGUCACAACCCAACUCUCAGAUUCGGCAAAAUAUUCGACGAUCCCUAAAAGAAAUUUUAUGGAAGAGAGUCAAUGAUAGCGAUGAUCUGGUCAUGACAGAGAGUGAAGUAGGAAAAGUAGCACUCAAUAUUGAAAAGGAAAUGUUUAACUUGUUCCAAGUUACGGACAACAGAUACAAGAGUAAAUACCGUAGCAUCAUGUUCAAUCUCAAGGACCCCAAAAACCAGGGACUCUUUCAUCGUGUCCUUCGUGAGGAAAUCUCACUGUCAAAACUGGUGAGAAUGAAACCAGAGGAACUUUUAUCUAAAGAGCUGUCUGUGUGGAAAGAGAAACCAACUAAACCAACUCCAGAGUCAAGAAGCAAAUCUUAUGAAGUCAAGAAAACAGCUGUAAAGCGGGAAUAUGUGCCACCUGUAAAUAUGGAAGAUUCUCCACCAGUGUCUGAUUCUGAUGAGCAGCAAGAGUCAACUCGAACUGCAUCAAAUUCAAACAGUGCUGCUUCUCUAGAUGUGUUUAGCAGUAUGCUGAAGGAUACAACAAGCCAACAUCGAGCUCAUCUUUUUGACCUGAACUGCAAAAUCUGUACAGGUCAGAUUUCAGCAUCCGAAGAUGAAGGGCCACCUAGGAAAAAAUCAGUGGCUUCUGUUAAAAAGGUGGAGUCAAAAUCAAAGCCAGAAGCUCAGCCAAAGUAUGAAAGUUCUGCACCAGCCUCAGCAGCAGAGCUUACCACAGAGGCCAGCUCUGAAAACGCAAUGGAAAUUGAAGAUGAACCAGUAGCAGAAACAGUUCCUCAGUCAAGCGCAGAAAGAGCAACUCACAUUCCUGCAACCGAGGCCCCAACCGAUGCAGAUUCCUCUGUACCUGAAGAGGUCUCUGCUUUUCCUGCCGCUUGUGCUGGCAUAGUUGUCACAACAGUAACAGUUUCAGGCAGAGACCCCAGGACAGCAAUGAGCAGCUCCUCUGGUAUUGUGACCCCAGCUCUGCGUUCUGCUCCUGCCUCUGACAAAGUUUCAACAGUGGAAACAAAACAGGAAACUUCAAAACCAAUUAUGACUGUCCCCAAAUCAAUAUUGACAAAGCCAUCAUCCUCACCAGAUCCAAGAUACUUAGCAGUUCACCACUCACCCAAUGUCAAUGUUGCAGAGCCACGCUCACCUCAGGACAGCGACACUUCCCUCUUUCUCUCUCGUCUCAACACCAUUUGGAAAGGAUUUAUUAAUAUGCAAAGUGUGGCCAAAUUUGUCACUAAAGCAUAUCCUGUCUCCGGGUGCUUUGAUUAUCUUAGUGAGGAUUUGCCAGAUACAAUUCAUAUUGGUGGGAGGAUCUCACCGAAGACAGUCUGGGACUAUGUUGGCAAACUCAAAUCUUCACUGUCUAAGGAAUUGUGUUUGAUUCGUUUCCAUCCUGCAACAGAAGAAGAAGAAGUUGCCUAUAUCUCUCUCUACUCCUAUUUUAGCAGUCGUGGUCGUUUUGGUGUUGUAGCUAAUAACAACAGACAUAUCAAGGAUCUCUACCUGAUCCCCCUGAGUACUAAGGACCCAAUUCCUUCCAAACUGUUGCCCUUUGAGGGACCAGGUCUUGAGUCGUCUCGGCCAAAUUUAAUCCUUGGAUUGGUUAUCUGUCAGAAGGGGAAGCGUCCCGCCACUGGCAUGGAAACAGAAAAGCCAGAGGAAAAGCGAAGCCGGAUUCAAGCACAUGAGGAAAGUGGGACGCUAGCAGCUUCACAGGAGAAGAAAGCUCCAAAGUACACCCAUUAUUCAGGAGACCCUGCCAUAAGUACAACACCACCUGGAUCUCCUCCGCCUCCACCGCCACCACCUCCACCUCCCGCUCCAGACACCUCAGCAGUCACACCUUCAGUGUUAAAGAUACUGUCCUCAAUCAAAAGUGGAACCACAACUACUGCAGCACCACCAGCUCCAACUGCUGCUUCUGCCAGCACUGCUGCUACCCAUUCUUCAUCCACCAAAACGGCCACACCGCUCGAGCACAUCCUGCAGACGCUUUUUGGCAAAAAGAAAACUUUUGAGCCUGUUGCUAAGGAUCCUGAAACUGCCCAGGCCUCAAAUCAGGAAAGUCAGGCUGCUGCUGAUGGGGGAAUUGCAGCCGUUCCUUUGUUAGAUCCCAUUGUGCAGCAGUUUGGCCAGAUGUCAAAAGACAAAGCUAUAGAAGAGGAGGAGGAUGACAGACCAUAUGAUCCUGAAGAAGAAUAUGGUCCAGAGAAAGCUUUUGAAAUGCAGAUUGGUGACAGUGAAAAACGAUAUAAUGCGGAAAAGCCACCAAAUACAGCAGAACUAGAGGAUGAGGCCUAUGAUCCAGAAGAUGAAACUAUCUUGGAAGAAGCAAAAGUGACUGUUGAUGACUUACCUAACAAAAUGUAUACAGAUUCUAAAAGCAAUUCCUCAGAAACAUCUGCUUCAUACGUCCCCGAUUUAUCUGCAUCCUCAUCCUUGGUAGAACAGCAAAAGAUGUUGGAGGAAUUAAACAAACAGAUAGAAGAACAGAAAAGACAACUAGAGGAGCAAGAAGAAGCCCUCAGACAACAAAGAGCAGCUGUCGGUGUUUCCAUGGCUCAUUUUUCAGUGUCUGAUGCUUUAAUGUCACCACCACCAAAAUCUUCCCUACUAAAACCUGAAGUAUUCCACCAGGACCAGCAGGGUACACAAAAAGUAGACUUACCUUCCUCUUUAAAUCAGCAAGCACAACUUGUAAACCAGGGUUGUGACCCACGGCAAAGCAGAGAUCCUCGCCAAGCUCGGAGGAUGGCAACAGAGACUAAUGACAGUGCUGAUGCUCGAUUAAAGCCCCAGGUGGUACAGAAUGAGAUGGCCACAAGAGAAAUGGCUCCAGCCGGUUUUCCAAAUGCUUUGCAGACAUCACUUGGUAAGGAGGAUAAAGCUGCUCAGCCUGCUUUUACUAGUGAUAAUUGGGUUUCAAGUGAAACCAUCAAGGCUUCCACAGUGUCCCAGAAAGAGUCGUCUAAUAGCAAAUUUGAAAACACUCUCCAAAUCACUUUGGAAAACGUGAAACAAACAGCCUCUGGAGAACCUUCGACCAAACCUUUACGUAAGGUGCUGCUUCCAACACCUCCAAGUACAUCUUUCCAGCCUAAUUUCCCCACAUCAACUGACAGUCAGUCUUUGCAUGAUAUGCAUAAAGUGUCGUGGUCAGAUGAGUCAAACGAAAUGAUGGGAAGAGAUUCUUUCUCAAAUCCAAUGUUUACUUCUCAGGAACAGGCAGCCGGUCACUUUGAACCAGAGAGGGGUCUUUCAGCAAUGCAAUAUGAUGAGCAAAGAAAUCAAUCUCAUCAAUUUGUAGAACAAGCUGAAUCUCCAUCAGUUCAGGGUGAGGGUGGACCUUCCCAACAGCACUUUGAAGAAAACCGAGCUGGACCUCAGUUUGGUUUGUCGGGGCAGAAAGGAGGACCUCCACAACCACUCAUGCAACCCGGAGGACCUCAUGGACCUAAUUUUAGAGGACCAGCACCACAGUUCCCUGAAGAGCAUGGUUUUCCAAACAAUGAUGGGCAAAGAGGACCUCCAUCCGGAAGAUUCGGAGGUCAGAAGGGUCCCAUUCCUUCCUUAUUUUCUGCACAGCAUGGACCAUCCUCUCUUUUUGUUGAUAACAGGGGCCCUGCCCCUCCUUAUCAUGGUGUUCCAAGAGGAAUGUCACCAUCUCAGUUUGAAGAUCCCAGGGAACCUCACAUGGAACAAAGGGAAUUCUCAGAUUCCCAGUAUAAUGAAAUGAUUAGGCCUCCAGGGCAGUUUGAAGGACCAGAUCAACCUCAGUUUAUGGGAAACAGAGGACCUUCGCCUUUCCCUUUUGGAGGUCAGAGACGACCCCCACCAGCUCAGUUUAAAGGACAGAGAGGAGGCCCUCAGUUUGGAGGGCCAAGAGGUCCAGCCCCGAGUCAUUUUGGGGGACCAAGAGGGCCUCACCCAAAUCAAUUUGAAGGGCAGAGAGGACCAGCUCCAAAUCAUGUGCCUGGUCCAAGAGGACUUUUGCCACAGCCGUUUGAAGAACGGAGAGGGAAUUCACCACCCAGAUUUGCCAACCAGAGAGGUCCAGCACCAGUUCAGUUUGGAGGACCAAGAGGAUCCACACCUGGGAUGUUUCCAGAAGAAAAUGAACCUCCCUCUUCUAGGUUUCAUUUCCAAGGUCAGUCACAAGGCAUGAAGACAACCCCAAGACCACUCCUGGACCUUCCAAACCAUCCGUCCCACAGAAAAGAGAUGUGGGAUGAAGCUGGACCAUCUGCAUCUGGUUCCAAUAUUCCUGGACAAGGACCUGACUCGGAAGGACAGUGGUCAGCACCUGACUUCCGAGAAGGCAAAAAUCCUGAGUUUAGAGGCCAGGCAUUUGAAGGGAGACAGAGAGACAGAUAUGAGGGAGGAAAUAAAGACAAGGGCUUAGAUCAGCCAGAGUCUCAGCAAGCAGAUAAUCGACAAGGUAGACCCUUUGAGGAAAGACGAAGGGAUCGAGAGCACAGCAGACCUUGGGAAAGAGACCGUGGCAGAAACUGGAAUAGAGACCGGGACUGGGAGAGACACAGAGACAAGGAUUGGGACAAAAAUAGAGACAGAAACCCAAACAAAGACAGAGAGAAGGAUUCGGACCGAGGUAAGGACUGGGAAAGAAGCAGAGACCGAGACAGACCAAGAACCAGAGAGAGAGACUCCUACAGAAGACGUGACAGAGAUCGAUCGAGAAGCAGAGACAGAGAUCGCGACAGAGACAAAGACCGGGACCGGGAUCGGAGCAGGGAAAAAGACAGAGACCGAGAGAGAGAUCGAGAUCGUGACAGAGACAGAGGAAAAGAUCGCAAAGAUCGGAGCAAAAGUAGGGAAACCAGUAAAGAGGUGAAGCCUGAAACACCGAAGGAAACUCAGAAACCAUCAGAAACAGAAGCUUCAUCUUCCACUAAUCAAGCAUAGAACUAAGACUGAUAUUUCCCAUAAUUAAUAGACUUUUAGAACACAGCAUGGACUGAAGCAACAUCUUGUACAUACUGUAUAUUCUCACCUUUACAGGAAUCCCUUUGUAAAACUAGCCUUACACAAUGUCCUGACAAAUAAUAAGCAAUUUUGGAACAACUGUGAAUGCAACUACUCGAAUGGGUAAAAGGCAAGAACACACCGGACUGUCACUUGCUGCAUUUUGUGCAUAAUGUUUUUCUUAUCUGAAUUCACAGCGUUACCUGUACUGAGAUUUUGGUUUUUCUACUUGCAUCUUUAUCUUAAAGUUUCCAUUUACAGUACAGAAAUGGAAAAAGUCUAAGAAGAGCAUAUUGCUUUUUAAGAUUAUAAAGUUAUGUUUUCCAGUAACUUGAAUUGUAAUUUUAUAAGAGAAUUUAAUCCAGACUUUAGGAGCCAUACUUUUACAUCUCAUUUACGUGAUAUUUUGGUGUCAAAAGUUGAUCCUACAGCACAUGCUUUAAUAAAAAGAAGUCCAAUGUU